GCAUCUUUUUUACACUUGUUAAUCUCGGAAGCUCAGAGACGACGAAACAGAAAGGAGGGCGUUUACAUUUCUUUGCAGGGAAGUCGAUAACAUAACAUGAAAAUAAGGUCGUCUUUCGUUUUUUAGUUAAUGUAGCCUUUCAGUUCUUGGUCACCACGAGUGCCGAGUGUUGUCGUGCUACAAUAAUCUCAUAGAAAGCUGAGACCUCAGCUGCGGUGCUUUUUACUGUUUACUUGAUUGCCCAGCAAUCUCGUGUUGCACGCGAUUCCGAUGAUUGCGCAGCACCCCGUCAAAAAUACAACAUAAUAAGCUUCAACGGUGUACCAUUAGCGGGAUUAAUUUGCUAUGAUUACCAAGUGUUUUAAAAUGUGCCCGCUGUGGCCCUUACAUAUCAUCCUGCUCUACGUCUUGUGUGUGGCGCCGCUGCUGUUGAUGGCUCAGCAUGUCCAUGUUAGUAAACCAAAUCAGCAGCCCAAACAGUUGAAAGUGGCCUUCGGCCCGGAAAUGAGCGAGAAAAUCACCGAAGGCGAGACCAAGAUUAUUGAAUUCCAGAUCGCCAAUAUGGAUAACUUUGAAGACAGAGGAUCAUUAGAAGUUGAAGUGUCAUCGGUUCAUCCAGAUAUAGCUUCCGUCCAAUAUGUUGGAGACACAAAGGAUUUUUCGCCCAACACCAACUGGACCGGUAGCUUCAACUUAACCGCCCGUUUUUUGGGUUAUACCCAAGUAGUUGUCAGGUUAUGGGGAAAUAUUUCCAUCAAUCGAGUUGCUGGCAAAGAGGUUGUUGCCCAGUCUGAACCUGCGAAAGUGGCUGUAAUUCGUGCCCAUAGAGCCGUUGACAAGGCAUUCAUCUACACCAUUGCAAUUCUCGUAUCAGUGGCUUUUAUCAACAUGGGCUGCAUGCUGGACUUAGACAUUGUCAAGGCAACGCUAAAGAAACCAAUUGGACCAGCUAUCGGCUUUUGUUGCCAAUAUAUUUUUAUGCCUUUGUGUGCUUACGGAUUGGCCAAACUCUUGUUGGCGAAUAAUGUGGCCCUUCAGUUGGGCUUGUUUGUCACUGGAUGUAGUCCAGGAGGUGGGGGUUCUAACUUGUGGACCUACAUCUUGGGAGGCAAUCUUCAUCUCAGCGUUACCAUGACGUUUCUUAGUACUUUAGCAGCAUUUGCUAUGAUGCCGUUCUGGACCAUGACACUUGGUCGUUUAAUUUUUGCGGAAGGCCAUAUCGUCGUGCCUUACCGCAACAUUGCUACUUUAGCCGGUGGGCUAGUUAUUCCGUUGAUGGUUGGUCUGUUGAUUCGUCGCCUUUUCCCCAGGGUUGCAGAUUGCUUAGCCAAAGCACUGAAACCUCUUGCUGGCAUAUUUAUUUGCGUAAUUGUUGUGUUUGGCAUUUACGCCAAUCUGUAUAUGCUUCAGCUAUUAGAUUCUAUGGUCAUGUUAUCUGCAAUGUGUUUGGUUCUUCUUGGCUAUGCCUUUGGCGGGACGGCAGCUGCUAUUUUGCGUCAAUCCUGGUCUGAUGCCCUUACGAUUGCCGUCGAAACGGGUAUCCAGAACACUGGAAUCGCCAUCUUUAUUUUACGCGUUACGCUGGACCAACCUGAGGCGGACAUUAACACAGUGGUUCCAGUUGCCGUGGCUAUAAUGACACCUAUCCCACUGGUUAUUCUCUGGGUGCUGCAGAAAUGUGUGCUGUCACGUUUCGGAAUUUGCGUGGUGCCAAAUCCGGAUGAGAAGAUCUGCCCCGUCGCUUGCAUCGAAGACGGACCGCAGCACAACAGUGCGAGUGUCGAAAAACUUCUCCCUAACAACAAUGAGUUGCCUGUGAAUUGGCAGUUCAAUACAUUAAAUACCGCGACCACCAGUCAACCAAAGAUUCGGAUCGACGAAAUUCGUGGGAGACGUCUAGCUAUUUUCGAUGAGGAACACAAGAGACAACAAGCUUUAAUCCCACGUUUGGAGAAAGUAGAAGUCACGUAUGAAGGAUGGAACGAUGAAAAAACUACUCUUAUUAUGAAUAAAGGAGUCUCUACUCCAUACAAUUGUGCCCAACAUAUCAAUGAACAAUUGUUGAAGAGGUCAGUUGUUGCUGAGGUCAAUGGAGAAAUUUGGGAUAUGCACCGUGCUAUACCAGCUGAUUGUACAUUAAAGCUGUUACAUAUGAAACCAGAAGAUCCACACCAAGCAACACUAGUCAAUAAAGCGUUUUGGCGUAGCUGCAGUUUCCUGUUAGGAGCUGUUGUUGAAAGUGCAUUUCAAGAUGAAAUUUCUGUUUGCCUUCACAGCUUUCCACCUGCUAAUGUACGAAGUGGAAGUUUUGUACAUGAUGUGCAACUGAACCUUAGUGAUUGGGUCCCUAGCCAGAAUGAUCUUCGACAGAUAGCGGCGUCCUUUCAGAAGUUUGUGAGGCAAGAUCAUGUUUUUCAACGGUUGGAUGUUGAUUCUUCCGUGGCAUUGAAAUUGUUUGAAGAUAACGCUUUCAAAGUCGAACAAAUCCCACAUAUUGCCACGAAGUCUAGUACAGGCCGUUCUGUUACCGUUUAUAGAGUCGGUGAUCAUAUCGAUAUCAGCCGCGGACCCAUGAUCGCAUCAUCCUCCUUGGUUGGUCGGUGUUCUAUAGCUUCGAUUCAUAAGCUAAAUUCCAAACUUUACCGCUUCCAAGGAGUUGCCCUGCCGUCAGAAAUUCAUAUAAACCACUUUGCUUUUGGAAUUCUCGAGUCCCGUGCACGAAAAUUGAAUCCGGCAAGGACUCCUGAGCUGAAAUCGAACUAAUGAGAAACCGACGUGGAAGGAUCGUGAUUGUCUUGGAUGCGGCCAAGAACGUAUAGUUGAUAACUGGCAAUGUAUUUUCAUUGAUAAUAAAAGCAAUAAGCUAAUGUGGAUAAAGACAAUGUCCUAGAUGUCUUCAGAAAAUCGUGCUUGAUCGAUGUUAUGGUGGGAUACGGAUCCAUUCGCUACGCAUAAAGUUGACUUACAAACGUUUUGAAUCACAUUGAUUGACAUACAUCUAGGUGCUCGCGCAA